UUCCAGACUUGAUUAAUUGAAAAAGCAUUUUUUUCUCCAAUGUGUACGUACUGACUCGAAAGCUUCACGAAAGGACUAGCUGUUGAUAGGAGCCAUAAAUAUGGCGCUCGGUUUCUUAACAGUUUUACUGACUGUUACAGGACUUUUUUGUUGCAUUGUUACAGUCACAGCAGAGACGGCUUUCACUAAUCUUAUAAGGUUCAAUUCAGAUGGAUUAAGCUGCACGCAUUCUGUUUUCAGUGUCAACAACGUUUUCAGUGAGAUUGUUUGUGCAUUCAUAUGUUCAAAAACUUCUCUAUGUGCCGCAAUAUCAUACAAUACAAUCACUUACAAUUGUGUUGGGUGUUACAUGUUUGACAUGGCGGAAAAUGUGGAGUCGCAGGAAAGGGUCCUAUUUUAUGGAGUUCUUGGAGCUACCAAUGUCGUUAAUGUGGCUUACAACAAGAAAGCUGUUCAAUCUAGUGUUUUUAAACAACACUAUGCGGGAAAGGGAGUUGACGGGAACGCAGAUCAAUAUUUCUCCUCGUCACUUCCAUGUUUUGAAACAUUCAACAGCACGGGAACUUUCAACUGGUGGUAUGUUGACUUGCAAUAUACAUACAUUGUGAAGGAGGUGAAAAUGUUCAACCGACUUGAUUGUUGCGCAUCUCGAGCUAAUAAUGUACAAGUACUUCUUGGUAAUUCUUUAGACAGUUUGACGGAAGUUGCUUUUUCAGCUGGACAAAUUGAAAAUAUUUGGUCUGUCCCAUUGCCAGCAGUAACACUAGGACGAUAUGUGAAACUUGUUCAUAAAGGGCAUCGACAAUUUCAUCUUUGUGAAGUGCAAGUAUUUGCUACAGCAGCUUAAAACUCGACGCAGUCAGUGGACACACCUGUAAAGCAGAAUGCAGGGUAUCACAAUUAUCAAUACGUAAAAAUUCUUGCAUAAAUAACACGCCCGUUUAACUCACAACGAGUGAAAAAUGUCCAUCGGUAAAAAUGUUGUGAGCAACUUCCGUUCCUCGUUGUGAGCACCCAUCUUUGACGUGUGACACGAUAAACAAGGUGACUUUUUCAUAAUUUUUGAAGAUUACAGACAUUUAUGUAAAAAUAUCGGAAUGCAGUUAGCUAGCGAUGUGUUUUCCGAGUAUGCACAUGUAAAGAUAUUGUCUGUUGGUGGACAAUUUGAUGGAAAUACCGUGCGACGCAGUCACUCGGGGUAGCUGGAAAACUGGAGACAACUUCUCUUUGGACCUAAUUUAACAUUGAAAACGUCGAUUCUGGUGACGUUUUGUGCAUUCUUACCUAAAACAGAUGCCCACAAGUCUUCAGCGUAAAUUAUUAUCAGAAAGUCUUCAUAGAAACGAAGAUAUACCCUUUUUGCUUUAAUCCUCGUUGUGAGCACCAUAACCUCGUUGUGAGCAAGACAAGCGCAGUGCGUGUAUGGUUUUAAUAUGUAAUUCAGAUGGUGAAAAUAUAAUUUUCAAUCUACCACAGCAAUUAAAACGUUUUUGCACAGCAGCAUUUCUUUGCAAGACGUCGUGCAUACCCCAAAGGGAGACAUAUUAGUUUUGAACUGUCCGUCUGUCAGUCCGAGCAAAUAUUUGAUAUUUAUGAGCUUCAUUCCGUAGUUAAAUAAAGAACAAAAACGCAUAAGAUUCAAAUUAAGAGCUAUUUUUUGAGCUAAUUUUGCUAAUGGACGUUGGUCCAGGUGAUUUGCCUCAUAAAUAUCAAAAGUUGGUACGUCCGUCAAUCUGUCCGAAAACUUUUACAUUGGCCUUAACUUCCUUAUUAGUAAACGGAUUUGAUUCAUAUUUGAACACAACAUCCCUUAGCACCUUGCUACGGACCUGUAUUUUUUUUUACCUUGACCCCUGAAUGGCCUUUACCUUGAAGGUCAAAUUGUCCAAAAACAUUUAAGAUUGGCCAUUAUGUCCUGGCAUAAUGUUUUGGCACAACACAUCUUUGGACAAGGCCUUUCAACUAUCCUAUAUUAUUUUGACCUUGACCCCUGAAUGACCUUCACCUUGAAGGUCAAAUUGUCCAAAAACUUAAAAAUUGGUCAUAACUUCCUUAUUAGUAAACGGAUUCUACUCAUAUUUUUAAAAAAACACCCCUAGGCAAGAUCUUCAAACUGAUCUGUAUUUUUGUUAUCUUGUACCGUGAAUGACCUUCUAGAACAUCCAAAAACUUUAGCAUUGGUCAUCACUUCUUUAUAAGUAAGUUGAUUUAAUUCAUAUUAGGACACAAUGCCCCUUUGGACAAGACCUUCCAACUGACCUAUAUUUAUUUUACCUUGACAUUGUAUUACCUUCACAUUGAAGAUCUACUUGUCCAAAAACAAAUAAUCUAUCUGGUCCAUAAAUCAAAGGACAAAUCACCACUUCAGGGGCAUUGUCAACUUACCGUGAUAGUUCUUGUUUUACAUAACUUGGUCAGUCUUCAGCUCAGGAUAAACACAUGUAUGUGUGUAUCACACAGACUGUGAAAUUGUUGAAAUAUUCAUAAACUCCCGUGAUGUUCACUCGAGCCAAACUAGAGUAUACGAAAUAAAAUACCUGAUUUACCUACACUGAUUAGUUCUUCUGUUAAUCUGAUGACUUGUGAAUAUGAAGAAUAAUUUUCAAAAAAACUUUUAAAAAGAAAAAGAAGAACUUUUGCAAAGAAAAACUAUUGUACAAAAACGUUUUGAUUGCUUUUGGUAGAUUGAAAAUUGUAUUCUUGCCAUUUGAAUUACAUAUUAAAACCAGACAAGCAAGUGCGCUUGUCUUGCUCACAACGAGGUUAUGGUGCUCACAACGAGGAUUAAAGCAAAAAGGGUAUAUCUUCGUUUCUAUGAAGACUUUCUGAUAAUAAUUUACACUGAAGACUUGUGGGCAUCUGUUUUAGGUUAGAAUGCACAAAACGUCACCAGAAUCGACGUUUUCAAUGUUAAAUAAGGUCCAAAGAGAAGUUGUCUCCAGUUUUCCAGCUACCCCGAGUGACUGCGUCGCACGGUAUUUCCAUCAAAUUGUCCACCAACAGACAAUAUCUUUACAUGUGCAUACUCGGAAAACACAUCGCUAGCUAACUGCAUUCCGAUAUUUUUACAUAAAUGUCUGUAAUCUUCAAAAAUUAUGAAAAAGUCACCUUGUUUAUCGUGUCACUCGUCAUAGAUGGGUGCUCACAACGAGGAACGGAAGUUGCUCACAACAUUUUUACCGAUGGACAUUUUUCACUCGUUGUGAGUUAAACGGGCGUGAAUAAAACGCAGGAAAAAACAAUGUUUAAUCGAAGAAUUUGUAGAAUAUAUUUACUUAUGCAUAAAAAUGUGGAACAAAUUCAAAUUCGAAAGUAGGACUUGUCUGAGUAACACGUGAAUACAAAUCCAAGAUAAAAGUACCAGUCGGGGAUCUUUCCCGAACGGGAAAAUAGUAGCUAUAGAGACCCUUUUUUCCCUUCCUGAACUGAAUAAUUCCCCGUUCGGAAAAGAAACGUCCCUUUCUCAUGUACAUGUACCCUCGGGUAUAUGGGAUUGACAGAAUACAUCCAUUCUUGUUGACGAUGGUUUGAAUCAGAUCUUAAAACAAUUAUCUAAAAUAUUACCAAAUUUUUAAAACACCAUAGACCUAGUUUAUGAAAUAUUGUAGCUCAAAAAUGAAGGAAUUGUUGCGUAUCCUUGAAUAAAAUGUCCUAUUUUAUGUUUAUAUAAAUUAUGUAUAUAUUUAUGUCUGUCGAUUGAUUGUUGUUUGAUGUCAGUAAAAAACAUGACACAAAAUAAAGGGAAAUUGUCAUUAAAUAAUAAAUGACGUACACGGAAAUCUUAGAGUAACAAUGCAGAAUUAUGUGAAAUAAAAAUGUACAAUAAAGUUAUACAUUAAAAUUACAAUUGUUAUAAAAAGGACUACAUGUAUACAAAAUACUAAUUGCAUUUUUUUUCUUUUAAACUAUAACGCAUGUAUGAAACAAAUAUCAAAUAUUGUUUUUUUUAUAUCUACAUAUGUUGAAUCCUCAUUUGAA